AUGCUGCACAACACCUGCCAUCUCCCAAAUGGUUUGACAUUUAGCGUAUCGCCGGUCUUUGGUGGGGUCACCUUCAAAUCCAACGAUUUGAAUGUGAACAACUCCACCUUCCCGCCGGGAUGGACGAUCAUCAUCCACAGCGAAAAGGCUGCCAAGCUGCCAGAGGACGAACGAGGUCGAACGGACACGGAGGGCAAUGAGCGUCCGUCUUCUAGCAAUGCCGAUCAAAAUAUCACCAGAUUUACCACCCCGACCUCCCGUCGGGACUGCCUGUACAUCUCCUACAUCGUGAAUCCCCCCUCCAGCGAGUUCAAGCCGGCUUCUUCACCAACCCGUCAGAUCGCCAUGAUGCUCUGGGCGACCUUGUGGUGGUACUUUCACGAACCUGAACCGGAUCUUCACCUGGAUACCGCGGCGGACAGCGCAACACCUCACGAUGGACGGCCGAAGGGGGAAUGGCGGGUGAACAUCAAACGUGAGGGGAUCUUCAAGGGCCGGAAUCUCCUUCAGAAGCUGGAGCGCAUGGGCCUCAUUGCGAGUGAAGACUCCUCGGUCGGCCUGCAGCCCGUGGAAACGCGGGACUCGAGCCCCUGGUCAAACAUGUUCGUGAGCCGACGCAGCUUCUGGCAACUAGAUCCGCGUCUCUUCCUUUUCACCUUGACCCCGCGAGGGGCACCGCCAUCUCCAUCUCUCACUCCCUUCCAAUCCCGACAUGCCUCACCGGCACGGGAUGGCCUCUCCGCCUCGACGAUACUGUCGCCGACCGAGGCAACCUUUCAUACCGCUACCGUGGGCCCCUUUACUUCGGCUGGGCCAUUUACGUCUAGCAGCCAUUUGCCAACAUAUUUCCCUCCAGCACCGACACAGUAUAAGUUCACCAACGGGGUCCGCCACCCGGUCCGCUCCAAACCCCCGCAUCAAGGGGAGAUCUUUUAUUCCCGGUAUAUUCCCAGUGUGACACAGUAUCUUUCCUUUCGUAUUCCAUUCCUGCCGAUGACGAAACCCAAAAUGGCACCGGGUACGGACAGUGGAAGUCGGCCCUCCACGCCAGUCAAACCAGUCAGCACAUCUGUGACGGGCGUCGAACAACAUCUUUGCCAGGAUAUUCCAUCUGACCUGGACACCCUGCAUAAAUGGAUGAAUGAUCCCCGCGUCAAGGCCAUGUGGGGAGUUGGAGGCCCCAAAGAAGUGCAGGAGAAGUUUCUCUUGGACAACCUGACGAGUCGACACAGUUUCCCUGUGAUUGGGUGCUGGGAUGGAAAACCAUUUGGCUACUUUGAGAUCUACUGGGUAAAAGAGGAUCCAUUGGGCCGUUUGCUGGACCGAGUGGAGAAUUACGAUCGGGGUAUUCACCUCCUUGUCGGCGAGCAGGAAUUCCGAGGACCGCACCGAGUGGUGAUCUGGUUGACUGCUCUAGUGCAUUAUUGCUUCUUGAGUGACAUGAGGACUGAAUCGGUGGUUUUGGAGCCCCGAGUUGAUAACACAAAACUUAUCGGAUAUCUCCAGCAAGUUGGCUUCUAUAAGGAAGGGGAGGUCAGCUUCCCACAUAAACAAUCCGCUGUGAUGAGGAUCAAGCGUGACGCAUGGGAAGCGCCGGCUCUUUAA